UUAAAGCUUUUUGUCUAUUGACCGUUUAAAAUUAAGGAAUCAAAACAAUAUUUCAACCAAUUCUGGUUGGUCAGCCAUGACUAAACAAGUAUUGGUACAUGGAUGAAACAAACAAGUAGCAAAUAGCCAGAUUUUUUGGAUUUCCUUCUUAUCUCAUCCAACUACCUUAACCGUAAAUUUGUCCUAAUAAGUAAUAUUGGUUAAACCGGCCGAAUAUCUUAAAUUUUAUCCAAAAAAAGCCAAAUUGAACCUAUAAAAGAUUUGUAAUUGAAAACGAACCGGGCCCAAGAUCAGCUGGUCGUUAGCGUCCACACUAAAAGCAUGUGUCCCCACACCACCAGAUCCAAGCCUUAUUAAAUGACACCUCAUUUAAUCCUCAACCGUUUACCCAAACCCCACAACAACCUUUUUCUCCUUCACCUCGAGAUAUUUUCUUGAAAAGAAACAAAAAAAUGGUUCUGCAUCCAAUCGCCGACGCUGACGAGAACAACCCCUUCGGCUCUCUCUCCGCCGAUGAGUUCUACGCGAAGCAUUCCGUCACCCAGUCCUCCGCCUUCAUCACCAACCCUCGCGGCCUCAAGAUCUUCACACAAUGGUGGUCUCCACUCCCUCCAGCUCGUCCCAUCGGUAUCGUCGCGGUCGUUCACGGCUUCACCGGCGAAUCCAGCUGGUUCCUCCAGCUUACGUCCAUCCUCUUCGCUAAAUCCGGUUACAUCACAUGCGCGAUCGAUCACCAAGGGCAUGGAUUCUCCGAUGGCCUCGUCGCUCAUAUCCCUGACAUCAAUCCCGUCGUCGAUGACUGUAUCUCCUUCUUCGAUGACUUCCGUAACCGUAACCGCCAGGAGACGCAUAAUCUUCCUUGUUUUCUCUACUCGGAGUCCUUAGGCGGAGCCAUCGCGCUCUACAUCUCGCUCCGUCAGAGAGGCGUCUGGGACGGACUCAUCCUCAACGGCGCCAUGUGUGGAAUCAGCGCGAAGUUCAAACCGCCGUGGCCGUUGGAGCAUUUGCUCUUCGUCGUGGCGAAUCUUAUCCCUACCUGGCGCGUCAUCCCCACUCGCGGAUCGAUUCCCGAUGUUUCCUUCAAGGAGCCGUGGAAGAGGAAGCUCGCGAUUGCUAGUCCUAGGAGGACGGUGGCGAGGCCGCGCGCCGCGACGGCUUACGAGCUGAUCCGCGUAUGUAACGAGCUUCAGGGGAGGUUCGAGGAGGUGGAGGUGCCGCUUCUGAUAGUGCAUGGCGGAGGAGACGUUGUUUGCGACCAAGCGUGCGUGGAGGAGCUUCAUCGGAGAGCAAGCAGCGAGGAUAAGACGAUCAAGAUCUAUCCGGGGAUGUGGCAUCAGAUGGUUGGUGAAUCGGAGGAGGACGUUGAUUUGGUGUACGGGGACAUCCUGACAUGGCUCAAGACCCGAUCGGAAACUGCCGCUGAGAGGAAACGGGAGUUGCGCGCUGGCGGCGGAGCUUAGAGUUUAUUUUGACUCAUUGAGUACUGAGUUGUAGUCCAAUAGGCCAGUGCCAUCUGGCAAGCAACUAUUAAUAGUAUACAACGAAUGGUCCACUAUCCCUUUGGGCAUUAAUAAUAUAUAAAAAUAUUUUAUAAAAAUUAAUUGUUAAUA